AUGUCUUCGCGCUGUUCUUCUUUAUCUGUCCUCGUCUUCUCCUCUCACUCGAAGGCGACUGUGAAAACGAGAGCGAAGAGCGGACGACACGCGUCGUCGUCGUCCUCUUUGUGUGCCUCUUUGUCGACGAGAACAUCUUCGAGUGCACGUGGUAACGAUGCAGACGACGACGAGAGGAAAACGACGACGAAAACCAGACGAGGAGGACAAAAGACGCGUACGACUGCGACUGCGAUGAGUGCGAGUAAAACGACGACUUCUCGACGGGAACAUUUGCUUUUAUCAGAGUUUUUGUUCUUUGGAAUGAUUUGGAACGGAAGAAGAAUAGCAGCGUUCGCGGACGAGAUGACUUUAACCGAAUACGUGGACGAAACGAACAACUUCCACCUCUCCUACCCUACCGAGUGGGUGUUAGAGAAGAAAGCGGGCGCGACGGCGUUGUUCAAAAACCCGUCCGUGAAAUACGCAUCGAUAGGGGUCACGGUGACCCCGGUACGGAUCGACUCUCUCAAAGAGUUUGGCAGUUUAGAGGACAUCGGAGCAAAGCUCGUGGAGGCGGAAUCAAAGAAGCAAACGACCGUGCCGGGCGGAACGUUUAUGGAACGCCAAAGCGAACGCGAGUCGGUGGAUACGAAGACGACGUUUUACGAGUACGAGUAUAGGUUGAUUACGACGCAUGGGAAUAAGAGGGUGUAUAAUUACGUCGGGGUGAGAGAUAGAACGUUAUUUAUCGUGAACGCGCAAGCGUACGAGAUCGAAGAGGGAGGCGAGAGUGAAGCGGAUGAGAAGACGAGAGCGUUGUAUCGAGAGGUUGGUCGAUCGUUCGAUGUUUUGAAGUAG